AUGUGUAGAUUUCUGGUCUACAAAGGCUCCAAGCCUAUCAUCCUCUCCAAACUAAUCACCGAGCCAUCUCACAGCAUUCUGACCCAGUCCUAUGACAGCCGUCUCCGGCUUGAUAGCCGUCGUCCUGUCAAUGGCGAUGGGUUCGGAGUCGGCUGGUAUACCGAGCCAGAAUUGGGUCCAGACCCGUGUGUCUUUACCUCCACUUUGCCGGCGUGGAACUGCGUCAAUCUGGAACGCAUAGCUCCCAAGACGGAAUCAAGGCUCGUCUUUGCACACGUCCGAGCGACUACUGAGGGCUCCUUGGCGGAGAACAACUGCCAUCCAUUCCAGCACAACACUUUGAUGUGGAUGCACAAUGGGAACGUUGGGGCGUGGAAGUACGUCAAACGCCCACUAGCCGACAGCCUCUCAGACAAGUGGUUCCUAGGGGUUAAAGGCGGCACCGACUCCGAAUGGGCUUUUGCUCUCUUUCUGGAUACCCUAGAACGAGAAGGCGCAGAUCCCAGUGCGGAACCUGUGGGUGGAUUUGACACCAAGGCCCUCCGGCGAGCCAUGAAGAAAACCAUUGCCAAGAUCAAUGCCUUUGUCAAGACGGUCUCCUUGAAACAUCAACUGGGAGAUGUCGAGACGAGGAGCCUCCUGAAUUUUGCUGUCACAGAUGGUCAUUCUGUCAUUGUGACACGAUACGUGAGCAGCAAGACUGAUGCGGCUGCGAGUCUAUACUACUCCUCAGGGACCGCGUGGGUGGAAGGAAAAACCAAGGGACAGUUCAGGAUGGAACGAAGAGAUAAGGCUUCUGAUGUAGUCUUGGUGGCCAGUGAGCCAUUGACAUUUGAACGGCACAAUUGGCUGUCAGUCCCUACCAACACGAUUGUGACGAUCAGCAACCAAACCGUCUAUGUGCGUCCAAUCAAAGACGAGUUCUACGACGAAGAUCCUUCGACUGAGCGGUCGACCGGGUUUGCCAGAUCGAAAGGCUUGGUCUCGAAGGGUCCAGGUGGCGGUACGGAGACUCCAACUACACUGGCUUGCACACCACUUCCGCGUACUGAAGUCGAAACGGGCGCUGGUGGUUACAUUGUCAAAGAAAACUUGGACGCAUUUCAAUCAAGCCUAGCCGCGCUACGCUUGCAGAAUGGAUGUGGCAUGAAUGGAACGAGUGGGCAAGUAUUGGCCUGA